UGUUUGGAUUGAUUAGUCAUUUCCAAAAAGUCAAAACCAGUUACACAUUGAAGAGGACCCUUCUUACAACUGCGAAGUGAUCAAGGUUUGGUACUUCACUUCUGUCUGUCUCGCAAUCCAACUAUUUCACUCCACUUCAUGAUCUCAGCAUCAUGGAAUCACUUUCACCUUCUUCUCCAUCCGUCAUCUCCUCCAACAAAACUCCAAUAUUAACAUUGGAAGAAUGGAACGGUUCAUCCCCCACUAAGCUCUCCAAGACUUUCACCAUCAAAGCCUCUUCUUCCUCUUUCUCCAUACACAGAUCUGGUGCCCGCUUCACCCAUGUUUGGAGACGCUUUCUUCAAGCAUUUGUUCCUGAGGGUUUUCCAAGCAGUGUUACUCCGGAUUAUGUUCCUUUUCAAAUUUGGGAUUUAUUGCAGGGACUUUCAACAUAUAUAAGGACCAUGCUUUCUACCCAGGCUCUCUUGAGUGCUAUUGGAGUUGGUGAGAAAUCAGCUACUGUCCUUGGUGCCACUUUUCAGUGGUUUUUGAGAGAUCUAACUGGCAUGCUUGGAGGAAUCUUAUUCACAUUCUACCAGGGAUCAAAUCUUGAUAGCAAUGCAAAAAUGUGGCGUCUGGUUGCAGAUCUCAUGAAUGAUCUUGGUAUGCUAAUGGACCUCAUUUCACCAUUGUUUCCAUCAGCUUUUGUUUUUAUCGUUUGCUUAGGGAGCAUAUCAAGAUCUUUCACUGGGGUUGCAAGUGGAGCUACUAGAGCAGCUUUGACUCAACAUUUUGCUCUUCAGGAUAAUGCUGCAGAUAUAUCCGCUAAGGAAGGAAGUCAAGAAACUGUGGCUACAAUGAUUGGCAUGGCACUGGGAAUGCUUGUUGCCCGCAUUACUAUUGGACACCCACUAGCAAUUUGGUUUUCCUUUUUGUCUCUGACCCUGUUUCAUAUGUAUGCCAACUACCGAGCUGUUCGAUGCUUGGCACUGAACUCACUAAACCCUGAAAGAAGCUCUAUUCUUUUGCAGCAUUUCACGAAGACUGGCCAAGUUCUCUCCCCUAAACAGGUCUCUUCACUGGAGCAUGUUUUACCGAUACAACUAACUCCAUGGAGUUCAAAGAAGGCUAAUUUAUUGGAUACAAAAGUACUUUUAGGUACAAGGAUUUCUUCAUUCGAUGAAAUGGAAAUUAAGGAGAAUUUGCUUUCGGUAGCAUCUUACUACACGAAAGCCAAGUACUUACUAGUGGAAAAGAAAGGAAUAAUUAACGUUAUUGUUCAUAAAGAUUCAAGUGGUGCUGAUGUCCUAAAGUCAUAUAUUCAUGCUCUAGUCCUAGCAAAUAAUGCUUAUAAAAGCAAAUCUUUGCAUUCAGACAGCCAAACAUGGAUGGAAAAUCAGUAUGAAGUAUUUAUUCAGAAGGUCAAGUCAUUAGGGUGGAAAACAGAACGGCUCCUAUCAUCACCUAUCGUAUGGAGAGCAAACUGGAUACACCAACCGUUGGUAGAAAAAACCGAUUAGGCCAAGAGGAAGUUAAUGGAAGGAUGGGAUGGAUUGAGUUAUUUAUGAUUGUACAACAUUUAUGAUUUUAUAGAAGCUGUCAAGGUAGAGAAAUUUUGAUCAUGUAACUGUUCAUUGCACUUGCAUCCUAUUUUUCUUUUUAUUUUACUUUUUAUAACACAACCUUGUUGAGAUAUUAAUUUACUUAUUUAAUUUUUAUUUAUUUAUUCACAACAUAAUGAUAGAUUAAACUAUUACAUUAAUAUUUUUGGCUCUAUCUGUUUUAGACAUGUUUAAGAGCAAAUCAAAAGAAAAAUUGAUGACA